AUGGCCAAGGUGGCCUUGAAGUUGCAGGUGAUCUUCGAGAUUCUGGCAUCGACGUUUUGCGUCGUAGUGACCGGCGUCCAGUUGGGUGUCCUCGACUACUAUUUCGUGUUCUAUUUGAAGAACGACCUAUGGCUGUUGUGGAUCAUCCUGGACGCGGUGGUGGUCAGCGUUCUGUGCGAGGACGAGUCGAACAUACGGUACGCUUUCGUCGCCUGGCUGGUCUAUUCGGUGAUCCUGUCGGCCAAGAUCUGCGUCAUCAUCCUGCUGGUCGAGCCGGUGAUCUCGAAGCACGAACUGCUCGGACCAAACUCGCUCAAGUUCGUGCUGUCGUUGUCGGCGUUGAUCUACCUGCUGCUGGUGCUCAGCCACCACUUCAACCGCAUCGACGGGCCUCGCCAGAUCUACCUGAGCUACCUGGCCAGCAGCAUCACCCUGGACAUCAUGGACAGCGUACUGUUCUUGCAGCUGCUGAUUGACAAGCACCGCAACCUGGCCAUCAACCGCAACUUCUCGUUACAGAUGUUCAUUCUGGCGCUGGCCUGCUUCAACUUCAUCCUGCCCAUGUUCAGUCUGUUCAAGUUACGCUACCGUAUCGGCCUGCCGCGCUGGGUGCCGCUACCGUACGAGAAGGUCUAUUCGCUGUUCUAUUUCCUGACCGUCAACCUGCCGUACCUGAUCAUUCGCGCCCGUGUCUACAGCUCCGCAGAGGUGUCCAAUGACGCCUACUUCUUCAUCAUCAAAAAUGUGGUCAUGGUCAUCGUCGGCAUUCGUGAACUGUGGGUCUCGUUCAUCCUUCGCAAGAGUACGGUUCACAGCGUCGAUGAGUAG